AAUAAAUCAGUAAAUUUGUAGCACUUUUUACGAAAACAAGCAGACAACUGUAGUCUUGCCUUUUUUUGGUACUACUAAUUGGAACUAGUUAUGCGUAGUUUUCCUUCAGACGCAUCUAACUUACAUGUUACUAUAAACGAGGGGUUGUCGUCAGUUUUAGUCAAAGUCCAUGUCUCUCAGGCGAAUGUGAAUACUGGAACUGAAUAGGUUCUAUAUUAUCCCAGAUUCCAUCGUCGCGACAAGUAUUUGAGUGGAGAAGUAUGUUUAGAGAGUAGAAAGACCGGUUAUCAGUUAGCAUACCAGCUCUAGUAUCUCAACAUCAAUAUUAGUGUUGGUGAAUCUGAUUCAUGAAUCUGAAUGAAUAAUUAAACUGAAUGAAUGAUUCUGAAUCUGAAUGUCAAAGAUUCAUGAAUCCUCAAAGAUUCAUAAUUUUACACAUCUGUUAUCGCAUCUGCAUAACUGUUAACGCAUCUCGUGUUGUUCAUAGCGACGUCAUAGCGGCUAAAAAAUCCCUAUCUACAGUACCGCAUCAAGUAAAUUGCAUUGAACUUUCACACACAAUUCCCGCAUAGCCAAAAAGAUGGUUUUCUUCGCGGAUCAUCCUGCUAACAACCUGCAAAAAAACUUCAUAAAAAAUCUUUGAGGAUUCAUAGGAUCAAUAAGGAUCAAGAGACUUUAUAAGCUGAAGAAGAAGAAAAACUUUAUAAAACCGAUGAAAAUUACGAAUGAAUCCAAAUUAUCAGAAUCGAUGUGCAACAUCACGAAACUUGUAGAAUACAAAGUAUCCUUGGGAAAUCAAUUAAAUUAUUAUAUAGCACUAGUGGGAAAGUAAGUCAAUUAUACAAAAUGAAAGAUCGUUUACGCGGUGCAAUGAGAAGAAAAAUAUUUUUUUAAUGUAAACAAUUUUGGGGUCUUUACAUAGGAGAUUAAAUAUCCCCAUCCAAACAAAUUAAUAAAAAGAGACACCUAUAUCAAUUCGUUCGUGCCGUGUAAACGAAACUUUAUUAGCUCCACUCCGCUUUGACAUUGGCAACAGCGCAAAUUUUCAAAAUGGCUGCUAGUGUUUUCCAGAGUUAAAAAAGUUUUGCAAGUGAUAGAAAAAAUCGAAGAUUUUUAUGUGUCUCUGAAGCGUAAAGCAUCGACUUUUGGUGAUUUAGGACUUGUUAUCAUAGACCAGUGAUGAUAAGCAACAAAAUAUGCCAAUCGCGUGCCUUUUCUUGUUCGUAAUUCUAUGCUUGCAGGCUGUGCAGCCAGCAGCAAUGUGUGUAGGAGCAUAAAUCGGUAAAUAGAAAUCAAAGCGAUCAGUUCUUUUAGCGGAGUGAAUAUACAAAAGGUGUUAUUCCUUGCAGUUGCAUCAUCCGGUUCGGGACGAAAGUGCGCGGAAACUGUAUGAAUCGUGUGCUGGUGAAUCCUUCAGUACGAAAGGAUACCAGGUGUAUGGGAAUAACCAUACCUAUAACGCAGCAGCGGGAACAAUCUUGGAUUAAACAGCAGAAGUUUUAUUGUUGGUGUUUGAUCGCUCUCUGAAUGAUUUGAGGGCUUGGCAUAUUAGAACGAUCGCAUUACAUAUAGAGGUACAUGAACAGAACAGCAGACAGGCAGGAUGGCAUGUUAUCCGUGGCCGUGGUUGAAUCAGCUUCAGCAACCCACGCUGAAAGCUUUUUGUUUUAUGAAUAAUGCGAAAAUAUCUGUGGAAGUGCGGGAUCAGUUCACAAAUUGGAUCAAGUCACAAAUUUUCAAUACACCAGCCUAUACCAACGAUCAGCAGGCGAACUACGAACUAAAUGCGGCUAAAUUUCUCAACCAACUACUCAGAAAGUUGAACCGGAUGGCGGCGAAUUAUUCUGGUGACGUUAGUCAUGAACUGAACAAGUCGGUCUGCAUGAUCGUAGAGCUCUUCGCAAACAACCCGGUCCAACUCUACCAGCAACUGUUGGAGUGUAUGGAAGGACAAUGCAUUGCCUACCCGUACAAGUGCAUAUAUCUAGCUGAUAUGGAGGAGGCAGAGGUACUCGAAACACUCCACCGUCUGCGGAUUAUGGUACACAAACACGAAAACGACAACGCAGACAUGAAAAAGGAACACGAAUAUCUGGCACAUGAAAUGAAAGAGUUGCAGGAAUUUCGAUCGCAACUCAAUAUGAUACUAAAUGAGGAGAUACAAAUGAACAGAGGAUAUCAAAUCGCACAACGCCAAGAUAAACUAAAUGAUAAUCUACAUACGCUCUGGAGGAAACGAUCAGCGUUGAUCAAUGAAUUCCGGCACACAAUACUCAUGACAGCCCAGUUGCAAGACAAGGUCCUGAAUAAAUAUCUUUCGCAAUGGAAAAUUAAUCAAAGGCUUACUGGUAGCGCUGCGUCAGCAAUGGCUGAAAGCAAUCUGUACACCAUUCAGCUAUGGUGCGAAAGUCUACUAGAGAUCAUAUCGAACACGAAGGUACAGUUAACACAUGUCAUCAACACACAAUUGGAAGGAUGUAUGAAUCUGAUGGAAGCCCCAGAUCUAAUGACAGCGAUGAAGGAUGUAACUAGCUUGUAUGAGACGCUAAUUUUCAACUCAUUUAUCGUCGAAAAACAACCGCCACAAAUUUUGAAAAUGAACACGCGAUUCGAUACAACCGUGCGCCUGCUCUUGGGCAACGCGUUGAAUAUCGAUACGAACCAACCGCAAGUGACAGUGUCGAUCAUUUCCGAGUAUCAAGCGCAGGAAAUUCAGUCUACAAAAAAAGCUACUAAUUGCACUGCAGGUGAAUUCAUUAACUACAAAGGUCGUAUGGAGUACAAGGAAGGCACCAGGCUGUGGUCAGCCAGAUUCAACGAUAUUCGCCUUACCAAGAUAAAUCGGAAGAAGCAACCUAAGCAAUACGUAAUGGAUGAGAAGUUUGCUUUAUUAUUUCAGUUCAUCGUAACUGCAGAGCAAUGUGGUCUCGUCCUUCCAGUAUGGACUAUAUCAUGUCCCGUUGUAGUAAUCGUACAUGGAUGCCAGAUGCAACGAGGUUAUGCAAACAUAAUCUGGGAUAAUGCGUUUGCUAAAAUCAAUCGUACUCCGUUCAGUGUUCCAGACACUGUGUGUUGGAACUGGUUAGCCGAUGUACUCAGCUUGCAGCUCAAUGGCAACAGCGAUCACUCCUUGACAGCGGAUCAGAAAUAUUUCCUUUGCGAAAAGGCUCUUGGGUGCAACCAACCGUUUCCGAUACCCAACGAUCUCACCAUCAGGUGGUCCCAGUUCUGCCAAGAAAUGUUGCCUGGUCGUAAUCAUACAUUUUGGGAAUGGUUUUACAUGGUGAUGAAGCUGACAAGGGAGCACCUUCAAAAACUGUGGUUUGACGGGAGAAUCAUCGGUUUCAUACAAAAGAAACAGGCUGAUAAAUAUUUGACCAACUGUCAUCCUGGCACCUUCUUAUUGCGUUUUUCCGACUCAGUGCUUGGCGGUAUCACGAUCGCGUUUGUGCAUGAAGCCAACGAUGGUCAUCAUGAGAUACUGCACAUUCAACCUUUUACGGCAUAUGAUUUGUCCAUUCGCUCGUUGACUGAUCGUAUUCUGGAUUAUGAUGAACUGUCUCAUCUAUACCCAUACAUACCGAAGCACGUGGCGUUUCAACGACUGAAGAAGAAAAGUGUGCGACCUCAAGAUACAAAUUAUGUUGCAACGGAACUGCGGGCCAAUCUGAUGUUCCCUAGUGACAGUACGCCUGACAGCCAAUUGUGCAACAACCAGCUGUCCGCUGCGAGCGAAUACACCUGUUCGGGCAUCGAUCAGCUGUCUUUUUUUGAGCUGCAAGACUUUGCCUUGUUUUCGCAGGAUUUCGAAUAAAGAAGUUUAGACUAGCAAUGUUACAAUGCGUCAAGCAGUAGCAGCUAGCUACUAACUCGAACUUAGGAAUACGUAGCUGAACUACUAUUCACAUUUCGUGCACAGCCAUCAUCAGUCGUCAAGCUGAAAUUUAUGUUUUAUUCUGUAAUUUUAUUUUUUUAAGUUUUUAAUUUCAUCGCAGUACGAUUUUUACAAUUUCUGGAAACGUUUUGAUUGUGUUCCGUCUCAUUAAAAAAAUCCAAAAAUGUUA